ACAGCUAGCGAACUUUUUUUUUUUUAAAUCUAGCUAAACCAAAAUAUAGCUAGUUUUCAUAACACGCUGGCUAAACAUUCCAAAGCAAACCAACGUAAUUAGCCAGCUGAUACCUGGCGACGUGAUUUGUAACUUUGCAAGCUAACGUAAACUACGUUAGGUUACGGAGUCGCUGUGUAGUCGCGCGUCAGCCAGGCUACUCUACUGCAGGUUUGUCACUACACUAGUUACCACAGCCACAAAGUCUAAAUUGGCUAUUUUGUAAACAAAAAUGAGUUUUUUUGGUCUUAAUUUAAGGUUAGGCAUACGGUUAGCAUACAUUUGAGAAAUGGGCGGGGUUUAUUAAUAUGUGGCUGUGGUAACUAGGGACGACCAAAUAUUAGUGGACAUGACCCGGAAGUAAAGCGGAAGGGGCGUUUACGUGGGGCUAGCCCGAAAACUCGCUCGCCUAGCAGUUACGAACAACGCGUUGAGUAGUUCAACCUGUAAUCUCAGAAUUUCUCUAGACUAUAUUUUUGUGUCAUAAUGCCCGUGUGGUGUUCUGUGCCUUACUGUGUUAAUUACAAACAAGCGCAAAAAGAAGGAGUGAUCUUUCACCGUUUACCUACCGGAGAUAUACCCCGAUGCCGCCAGUGGCUCGCGGCUAUCAAGAAUACUGUUUACGAUGUCAACACACCAGUGGCCAAGUAUCAAAACAUCCGGGUAUGUAGUCAGCAUUUUCGGCUAGAAGAUUAUUUGAGGGAUUAUCAAUCUGAAUUGAUGGGGAAGCCAAAUCGACGGAAGCUAAAACGUGAUGCGAUACCAUCGGUUUUUACCUUUACAACAAAACGGAAGACAUCCGAUCAACCAACACCAGCGCAGAAGAAAAGAUCUCGAUUAGAGUAUCUGAAGAGUAUUGAAGCUCUCAUCACUCCAGAGGUGGCUCCAAUAUUGCCAGGGAGGAAGAAUAAAGGUGUUCUGACGCGCCCACGUGUCCAGGAUUCUGGAACCAGCAUUGACAUCACACCUGAGAGGGCAGAUGUGUGUGUGAACAGAGACUGUCUGCUGCAGCUCUUCAUACUCUGUGAGAGGUGUGGCUGCGACUGUGAUGCCAGGAUCGAGGAUGAACUGGGUUGCUUCUCUGUCGUUCAGACGUGCCCGUUCUGCAGUCACCACAGGAAGUGGAUGAGCCAGCCCUCUUUUGCCCAGGAAACCUGUGGAUUGAAUGAAGAGGCGGUUGGAGGGGCAUUGUUCCAGCCAUGUGAAGACAGAGACCCGGACCUGGAGAACAUUUGCUUGACUAUGGAAAUCACUGAGGAGUUGUGUGAACAUGAUGGUCGGUCCUCGGACGAGGAGAGUGAGGAGGACGAAAAGCCCAAGAAGCUGAAUAAGCAGGAGAGAUCAGAUGAGACCGAGUGGGAGCCGUCUGAUGAGGAAGACAUUGUAAUGGACUCUGAUUCUUCUGAGGAUUUGGAAACGGCAGGUUCCUCUGGUCUAACAGAAGAGGCCAACAUUGAUAAUUGUCAGACCGGAAUAGAGAAAGAAGAGAGACUUGUGGAGUGGUGCACUGACUGUGGAGCCGAGCCUGUACUCGCCUGCACCACACAGCGCCAUAAGAAGCUGUACGCCUGUGGUGUGUGUGUGAGUGAGGUCCAACAAGCUGUUGGAUUUGACCAAUUCUACAUGCGCUUCGAGGACCCGGCCAGCUUCAAGGAACAUGUACGACGUCAACACAACACAAAACCUCAUUGGUUGCUCUGUACAGACUGCGGCAUCUUUCCUCACAAGAAGGACCAUUCGUGUGAGCACAAGAUCAAGAAAUUCCGCUGUGUAGACUGUGGUAAGCGCUGUAGGACUGAAAUGGGUAUCAAGAUCCACAGGCGCCUCCACCACCCUGCCCAUGUUUACCCCUGUAAGUUCUGCCUGCAGCCAUUCAAAACCAGGUCGGACAAACUGACACACGAGGCAAGACAUCAGGAUGAGAACUCUCCCUACCAGUGCUCAGAAUGCUCCCAAAGAUUUGAUGACCUAAUGGCAAGGAACAGCCACCUACGAACCCACAGCCAUCUGAAUAGAAACAUCUGCCACACUUGUUACAAAGAAUUUUCUAACAAAAACCAUCUGGAGAGGCACAUGAUUAUUCACACAAGGCAGAAGCCCCACAUGUGCCAGGUCUGCCAACAGUCCUUCAACCAAGCGAGCCACCUCAAGUCCCACAUGCGCCUCCACACAGGGGAGAGGCCCUUCAAGUGCCAGCAGUGUGAGAAAUGCUUCAAUCACAAUGUCAGUCUGAAGAACCACGUCCAACGCUAUCAUGGCCCUGGGGAGAGUACCACAAGCUGAGGAAGAGGAGAGUACCACAAGCUGGGGAAGAGGAGAGUACCACAAGCUGAGGAAGAGGAGAGUACCACAAGCUGAGGAAGAGGAGAGUACCACAAGCUGAGGAAGAGGAGAGUACCACAAGC